GGGUGCGAGAAAGUGGCCUUUGCUGAGCCGCUGCCGCACCAAACCUGCCCAGAAGUGGAAUUCGUCGAGCAGUUUACCCGGGCGUACCGCUGCGAUGGCCACUUUGGACGCCUGUGCCUCGUGCGGCCGAAGCGCCGAAGGCCUCAAGAGAUGCAGCCGGUGUCAGCGCGUCGCGUACUGCGACACGAAUUGCCAGGCCGCCCAUUUUCCCGAACACAAGCUGGUGUGCGCGCGGCUGAGAAAAUCCGGGCCGACGGACGUGAACGAGCAAUGUCCCAUUUGCCUGUAUCCCGUCCGCGACGCCGAAGAGUUGCCCUGCUCGCAUCGGCUGUGCCGCGGCUGCCACGGGUACAUGCUGAACGUCCCGGACAGCGCGAACGCGUGUCCGCUCUGCCAGGGGCCCCUGGGUCCCGAAAAAAUCGAGAACAUGAAGAAUUCGUACGUGCUCAUCGCGCGGGCGACGCGGGCGCUGCAGGAGAAGGACAGCGCGCAGGCGCGAAAGCUGAUCGCGAAGGCCACGGCCCAGGCGCGGCGGGCGCUGAAGCGGGCCCCGGCGGACAUCGACGCCCACCAGUUGCUGGACGUGGCCCUCAAGCUGGCCGGCGACUCCAACGGGCGGCUCGAGGCGUUCCAGAAGCUCCUGGACGCCCGGCCGCGCAAGGAGGGCGACGCCCGCGCGGCCACCGUCUGGAACAACUACGGAAACGCGCUGUUUGAGAUUGCCAAGGCCAAAGGCUCCGACAUGGCGGCGUCGGCCCGGGCAGCGGCCGCGUACCGGCGGGCCAUUGAGAUCUUCGAGGAUCUCGGACAACACAGCGCCCACCGCGGCCCGCUCGACGCGGCCAUCGCCGACCGCGCCGGCUACACGUCUCGCGGCUUCGACGCCGCGGGCGCCUACGCUUCUCUCGGGUUCAGCUUACGGCCCGUGGACCGCGACGGCUCGUACCGCGCGCUGACCAAGGCCCUGGAACUCGGCGUCGGCCCGGACCAGCUGGCCGACGUGCACUCUCACCUGGGCAAGCUGUGCUUCGUGAAGCCGAUGGACACGAAGUACCAGGCCUGGCCCGAGCACCUCGAGCUGGCCCCGGGCGACGAGUGCGUCCACCACCUCCGCACGGCCCUCGACUCCGGACUCCCGGACGAUCAUCGCGCGCACACCUUCUAUAUUCUCGGUCUGGCUCUCGCGCAGCGCGGCGAGUUCGCCGACGCGGCGCGAGCGUUCGAGUCGGCGGUCGCCGCGCUGGCCCCGGGAGCCGCCGAUAGGCCGGACCACUGGUGGGCCGAGGCCCUCGCCCGCCUGCUGAGCGGCGACGGCGUCGGCGCCCUCCGCAAGCUGCGCGCGUGCGCGGCGCGGUUCGACUUCCUGAAGGAAUGGGGCCUCCCCGCCCUCGUCGAAGAGGCCAGGGCGCUCAUCCUGCGGAACGGCGCGGCGCCGCCGACCAAGGCGCGCGUGCAGUUCCUGAUCUGCGACGCCGUCGGCCCGCUCGAUAGGAUCCACCUGCCGAUCUUCGAGACCGAGAUGGUCCAGGACUGUCAACUCAACUCGGAGAUCUUCGCGGCGGUUCGCGGGGAGCCGAUGGCGGACUACCUCAGCACGGGCAUGUUCCAGCGGACCAUGGUUAUGGGGAAGCCGGGAGGUUUAUUUGCGUUGAUGGGCGGCCUCGGUCGCCCGCCGCCGAGCUCGUCGACGGGGCCGCUGCCGCCGGGCUGGGUCGAAAGGUCCACCGGCUCGGGAGCCAAGUCACGAGCCUACUACGUCUGCCGCGCGAAGGAGACGGUGACGUGGGUGCGACCGGACUAGGCCGCCC